GGGAAACUGAGGCAGAAGACCCGUGGCCUCCUCCUGGCUGGGCACCCGGUUUCUCCCUCUGCUCACAGACCCGAUCGCCCCAGCCUCGUGCCCCGAGAGGCCCAGGAGGAUUGUGGGGUGGGUCGGGGUAGUCUCAGAGGCCCAGGGCCCCCCCGCCAGGGUCUUGGGACUGUGUAGGAGGGGCGGGGUGGCAGGGGCAGGAAGCGGAAGCGUGGGGUCACCCCAGCCGCCACCGAGAGCGCAAGAGCUCAGAGCGCGCUCAACCCUGCCAGAGCCGGAGGUGGGCACCCCGCGUGGAGGCCAGCAGACCGAUGGCUCUACCCUGCGCCCUGGGGCUCGGGCUGCUGCUGGCCCUGCCGGGGGCCCUGGGCUCGGGCGGCACGGAGGCCAGUGGGGGCUCCGGCUCCUCUGUCGUCGUCCUGCUGUCACUGUUCCUCCUGCUGCUGGUCAUCGGCCUGGCCCUGGCCUGGUACCGCCUCAUCCGCGACUCUGGAGGCCACUACCACCCGGUGCGCCUGGGGGCCGCGCUGUGGGGCCGCGCACGCCGCCUGCUGUGGGCCAGCCCCCCGGGCCGCUGGCUUCGGGGAAGGGCUAAGCUGGGGUCUGAGGACAACGAUCCGGAGCGGCAGGAGGACGACGCAGAAAACGACAUUGACGACAUUGUGGCCGGUGGCCCGGAGGAGGCUGAACCCCGGGAGGAGCAGUGGCGUGCAGAGGGGCCCGGCCCAGAGAGUGCCGGGGAGACCCGCGAUGGCGACGGCAGCCUGGGCCUCAGCAUCCGGGGGCCAGCGGGCGCAGGGGGCAGUGCCGAGGCCCUGCUCAGUGACCUGCAUGCCUUUGCGGGCAGUGCGGCCUGGGACGACAGCGCCAGGGCCACAGGGGGCCAGGGCCUCCACGUCACCGCACUGUAGGCCCAGCCUCAGCACCCCUGCACGACCACAAGCUCCCUGGGCUUCUGCUUCCCAAGCUGCCACUGCUGGACGUGGCCUGCCCUGGACCCACUGGCACCAAACACCUGCACGGAGAGCCUCAGACUGUAACUGCCCCCACCAGGUCCUGUCCCCAAGGCUGUACCCCCUCCCCUGCCCCCACAGGAAGCCAACCCCCUGCGGGGCGGACAGUUUGAAAUAAAACCUCCAGCCCUGCA